AUGGUUUUGUUGAGUUUGGUGGCUGUUCUUAGUUUCUGCUGCAUUGCCUUUGCAUAUGAGCCUGCACCCCUUCAGGAUUUCUGUGUUGCAGACCUUAACAGCCCAGAUUUGUUGGCAGUGACAGUGAAUGGCUUUUCCUGCAAGAAUCCCAUGAUGGUUCAAGCCAAUGAUUUCCUCUUUAGAGGUUUCAACAUUCCAGGGAACACAUCAAACCCUGUAAGGUCUAAAGUCUCCCCAGUGACAGCGGCUCAACUACCAGGACUCAACACGUUCGGUAUUGCAAUGGCACGUGUCGACUAUCUUCCAGGGGGCGUCAAUCCUCCUCACUACCACCCUAGAGCCUCUGAGAUCUUCACCCUUAUAGAAGGCUCUCUCCUUGUUGGUUUCGUUACUACAAAUCCCGAGAACCGCCUCAUCAGCAAGGUUCUUCAAAAGGGUGAUGUUUUCGUCUUCCCAAAGGGACUUAUUCACUUCCAGCUGAAUUUGGGGAAUGAAAAAGCACUAGGAAUUGCUGCAUUGAGUAGUCAAAACCCGGGAAUCAUGACCGUAGCAAAUGCAGUUUUUGGAUCGAAUCCGCAGAUUUCUAGUGAAGUUCUCACCAAGGCAUUCCAAACCGACAAAAGCGUAAUCGAUCAAAUUCUGUCGAAAUUCUAAGGGGGCAACAAAAAUCAAGUCAUGGCAACGUGAACUUAGUCUAUUAGUGUAUUUGUUGUAGUCUUGUGUGGUUUCAUUAUGUUUCUUUGUUUGUUUGCUUGAUGUUAAUGUUUCAAUUAUUUGAUUCUAUAAAAAACAAAUAAUUCAAUAAAUAAAAAGUAAAAUUUAUUCAAGAGUACGGUUCCAUUGAGCUUCAUUACUAAUAUUAUAUAUAGAGUUGGAUUUCUUUCAAGUUCAAAUACAAAUUUAAGAAGGUCCCGUAAAACUUAUUAUCAGUCUUGUGUCGAUAAUUCAAACCAUUUAUUUUGUAAGUUCUUAAUGUAUAUCACACAGCCGACUUUGGCUCAAAGCCAGCAAAAUUACUGCUUUGGGCCCUCAGAAAUUGAUUAAAAAGAAAGGCCUCAAAAAAAAAAAAUUCGCUAUUAUAUUAGUCCCCACACACACAACA